AUGACUAAAGUGGUUACCAUGAAGUUGAGGUUUCCAAGCUCAUACCCGGUUAUAGCCAAAAUUUUACGAGUGGACGGGAAUUUGAGUGUCAAGGAUGCGAUUGUGUUUAUUGCCGAGGCUAUUCACAUGAAAGCGGAGGAAGGGAUUGGGCUCUAUUUAAAUGGGGCCAAAAAGUGGAUGGACGAGUCUGCACAACUCAUUGAAUAUCAAGAAGCCAUCCAAGAGGAAGACGAGGAAUUGGUGGAGUACAGAUACAAAAACGCUAAGCCCGAAGAUGACAAGAAGGGGGGUACUUCAAGUUCAUGUUGUGCAAUACUUUAG